UGGCUGUCAAAAAUAAUCAGGGAUAAGCAAACUUAUAAUUUUAUUUUUAUAGACUUGUAUUUCUUUAUAUGUUAUUUGUUGAUUUAUGUUUAUUGACUUUGUCGAUUAAUUCAUAAGUGAAAAAUUGCACUAGUCAUACUAUGGCAAAACUAGAGUUAAUCCAAACUUUAAAAAAGGACUCCGGAAGAGUGUGGAACCUCAGUUGGCACCCUAAAGGAGAUGCACUGGCUUCUUGUGGAGAGAACAAGACCAUAAAAAUCUGGGCCAAAGAUUUAUUAGGCAAAUGGAGUAAUAAAAUAGUGCUUACAGAUGGACAUAAGAGGACUAUACGACAAGUUGCAUGGUCACCUUGUGGAAAUCUUCUGGCUUCCGCCAGUUUCGAUGCAACAACGUGUAUAUGGGACAAACAGGGGGGACAGUUUGAAUGUAAUGCCACCUUAGAGGGUCAUGAAAAUGAAGUUAAAAGUGUGGCAUGGGCCAAGUCAGGUCAGUAUUUAGCCACGUGCAGUCGAGACAAAUCGGUCUGGAUUUGGGAGGUGGCAGAGGAAAAUGAAUAUGACUGCGCCGCUGUUUUAAAUGCACACGCCCAAGACGUUAAAAAAGUUGUUUGGCAUCCUCAAAAAGAUUUGCUGGCAUCUGCUUCAUAUGACGAUACAAUUAAACUUUUUAAGGAAGAUGCGAGUGAUGGGGACUGGGUGUGCUGUGGAACAUUAACCGGACAUGAAUCUACUGUUUGGAGUAUAAGUUUUGAGGCAAACGGUAAGAGGUUGGCCUCUUGCAGUGAUGAUUGCACAGUAAAAAUAUGGAAAGAAUAUCCACCAGGAAACCCUGAGGGGGUUGCAACGGUUGACAAUGAACCCACUUGGAAGUGCGUUUGCACGAUUUCUGGAAUACAUUCAAGAACAAUUUAUGAUAUCGAUUGGUGCCAUAACACCGGAUUAAUUGCGACAGCUUGUGGCGAUGACUCGAUAAAAAUAUUUAAAGAAGAUGACGAAUCAGACCCAAACGCACCCAGUUUUAGUCUUCUGUGUAACGUGGAAAGAGCCCAUAGUCAGGACGUGAAUUGUGUUACGUGGAACCCAGUGGUAAAGGGAGUUUUGGCGUCUUGUAGCGAUGAUGGAGAAAUAAAAAUAUGGAAUUUAACCGACUUGUAGAUUUGAUAUUUUUGGUGAUGUUUUAUUUUUAUUGUAAUAAAAGAAACUGUUAAGUUUA